GGGUGGUGAUGGAGGGAGAGAGGAAACCAAAUACCCUCCCUCCUCAACCCCACAAGUAUAAAAGAAAAUAUAGUACUUGUCUGUUGACAAGGACAUGAUGGGGUUUCCUCAGCCUCAGCUCUUCUGCUUCUGAGAAAGCAUAAUAGCAUAAUUCUCAAUUAAGGAUUCAACAACAAGGCCUCAAACUCAAGUCGUCUUGGUGCACAUACAAAGGAAAGAUGGGAAACUGAUGAAUUUUUCGAUCGAGAGGGAAAAGGGGUUUUUGUAUUCUUGUUAUAUAUAGCACUACUGAUCAUUACUCGUGUGGGCUGAUUCUUGAGUGGCAAAUGAUGGCUGGAAACCCUAACUGGUGGAGCAUGAACUCCAUGCAUCCACAGCUUUCUUCUCAGUUUCUCUAUCCCACCUCUACUUCUUCGCUCUCUUCCAACACUACUGCUCCUGAUAAUCCCACCCAAGAUUUCCCAGUUAGGUCUUGGAGCCAACUGCUUCUGGGUGGUGAAGAAGAGAGGUAUGGUGGCAGUCUUUUUCAGCAGCAAAAGAAGUUGGAGAAUUGGGAAGACCAAGUUUUGAAUUUGAACCCAUCUUUUACAAGGGUUCCUGUUCUUGAUGUGAAGCAAGAAAUUCCCCAAUCCACCACCCAACUUUACAAUGAUCAUGAUGAAUUUCAGGCCAAUCAUAUUCACAGGCUCUCCAAUUCUUGGCCUCCUUACCACCAGCUCAUGCCAGUCAGCAAUUCUUCCCCAACUUCUUGCAUCACUACUUUGAGCAGCAGCAACAACAACAACAACAACAACAUCUUGAAUUUCUCGGGCGGAAAGGGGGCAACAGCCGUGGCGGCGCAAAGGAAGAAUGUUCAUCAGGCGCAUAAUCAAGAUCAUUCAUCUGAGUGCAACAGCGCAAGCACUGGUGGGGUAUCUAAGAAGCCUAGGGUUCAACAGUCUUCAGCUCAACCAGCUCUCAAGGUGAGAAAGGAGAAAUUAGGGGAUAGAAUAACAGCUCUUCACCAACUUGUUUCACCAUUUGGAAAGACUGACACUGCCUCUGUCUUGUCAGAAGCCAUUGGCUACAUUAGAUUCCUUCAGGCUCAAAUUGAGGCACUAAGCUCCCCCUAUAUGCGCAAUGGUUCAGGAUCAAGUACAAUCCACCACCAGCAUUCUUUCUUGAAUGAUCAGAUGGGCAUGGAAGGCAGAGGACCUUCUAAGCAGGAUUCACAAAGUAGCCGAGGAGUAAAAGACCUGAGAAGUAGAGGGCUGUGCCUGGUUCCCAUAUCCUGCACACAAAACGUGGAAAACGACGGCGUGGCCACCGAUUACUGGGCUCCGGCGGCGGCGCUGGGCGGAGGCUUCUGAUCAUUUCCAGUUUUAAUCACAAACAGCAACAGCAGCAGGUGCAACGUCGACGAUGAAGGGUGGUCCUAGUGUGUGCCUGGAUCGAGUAACAUCAGAAGCAGUCAUUCUAUAAAUAAAACCAAUUAAUAGGCUGACUGCUCAUGAUGCUACUAUCCAAUCCCUAGCUGUAUGAUUAAUUCAUAAUGUUGUUGUGAUCAUAGAGAAUAUUUAUAAUUACAAUGGAGAUCCAGAUUAUUGAGUGCUUAAUUUAAUUCCUGUAAUUGAUGAAUAAUUAUUAAUAGUUAGUGUUCUGCAGGCUAGCGCCUACCUCAUCA